AUGCAAUCACCUUUAGAAGUCUCUCAAAUUUCGUUAUCGCAGUCUAGAAGUUCAAAUUAUAGUCAAACAAGUCACAGUCAUGGCAGUCGAAUGUUUGAUGUUGAGUCCCCUUCAGUCAGAUCUGCAGCUAAAGACUUUUUAUACCAGAGACAACUUGCACCGAAUGCUGUCCCGUUACUUGUUCGACUCCAACGUUUACGAAUUCUCAUCACAGCAACUAUUGGUGUAUCAUUCAUUAUCAUUUCAAUGUAUUUCUUACAAGAUGGAAUUGUAUUGAAAUCGUAUCGAGUAUUUACUAAUGACAUCAAGCCACGAACAGAGAUUGACGUAUAUAAUGGAAUUCUUGGGUUAGUCCUGUCAAUUCUAGUGAAACCUUUGAUAGGUUUGGUCACUGCUGUAGUACCGGCAGUAUUAUUAUGUUUUCUAACGCAAGUAUCAAUGGAAGAAACAAGUUCAAAGACUUCUCGAUUUGCAUUGGCAUUGCUUGGUAAUGUGGUACUUUAUUUACUGUUGAAUGGAAUGAUGGCAAUGUAUGUGAGUGAAAAAAUAGCACGAGUGGAUGCAGUGAUCAACGAUAGUGAUCUCGCACAGUAUGAAAGAAAUUCAAUUGAGACAAGAGAUCAGACAUUAAGUCUCGAUACGAUUCUUCGAAAUGCUAUGCAAAUGGCUGAAGCCACAGCGGAGAAUGCACGAGGACAGUGCACUCGACCAUCUCCACAAAGACUUCCUGCACAGGUUGAUUAUGGCUUUCCUUCUCGUCAAUGGCUAAGUGAAUUUCUUCCAUCUGCACCAGCAAAAACAGACACUAAUACGUUGUUAAUAUCAAUGAAAAACGAUAAUACGUCGCUUCAAAAAGUAACGAUGCCCAUGGAAUUGACUGCUGCACGCAAUCUCAUGACUUUUGCUUUGCGUGCGACGGACGAUUUCUUUCGUCCACAAGAUGUUCAAGUGAAUGCAAGUUUGAUGGAGCUGUCUCUUGAUUUGAAUUCUUCGUCAAAUGGUGAUGUAGAAGCUCUUUUGAAAGCUACAAAUGUGACUUUAAAUCGUGCUGUCAAUGCUCGUGUGCAUUUGAGAAACUUUAGUAUUGCAGAGACCAAGAUAGAGUUUGUACAAUUUCCAUGGACAACUGACAGUGGUCAAGUGAUGUUUCAAGGUGUAACUUUAGAGAUUCCGAUGAAAAAAGAGUAUUUACGUCGUGAAGUGAGAUUGCAAGAUGAUACGACUGCUUCUGUAGUCUAUGGAACUCAAGCUCUUGACGGUCUAUAUGAGAUUAAUGCAAAGGAAGAGUGUGGUCGCAAUGGAUGUGUCGUGAGUCCUGUCGGAGCGACGAUGAGUACAGCUCCUGUUGAUCAAGGGAGCCAAGUUCGAGCUUUACCGAUUUGUUUGAAUGCUAAUGGUGACGAAGAUAUCGAGGCGACAAUGAGUAUUGACGGCAAUGAAUGUCCAGUUCGUUCAACUGAUUCAGUCUUAGUCCUUAGCUUUGCAAAGCGAAUUGUUGGUGAUGCAAUCAGCUCUUCGAUCGUAAAUGAUUCGAAUACAGAAGCUACGAUUGUUAUGUUAACGAAUGCACGACAAAUCUACCAAGUUACAGCUGGUCGGUUGUCGUGGGAAACGACUGAUUUGGCUUCUAAAUAUCAUGCAUCGUGUGAAGCAAAAACCUGUCAUGGUCUUGUUUUUCCUCUUUACGAUGAUUCAAGAGAAGUAAUUCUUAGUCGUGACCAUGUACCUGUGAGCAACUUGUCAUCAUACUCGCCAUCUCUACUUCUAUGGACUCCAUUAGUGACAUCUAAUGUGCAAGAAGUGGAUAUGAGUGACAUUCUUAAAAGUGAUUUCGUCUUUCCGUAUAAUUUUAUAGACUCAAGUGGUUGGACUCCAGUCGAUGGCUCGCAUUGUGAACGUGAACGUGGUAUGUUUAUGGAUCGAGUACAGACAUCACAUUUGUAUUCUGAACGAUCAUUGCAACCAGCUUAUCAAUCAGCUUUGUUUUGGCUCUUUCAACAUGGUGUAGUCAAGCAAAAGACAAAUGACUUAUCACUUGUAUUUGAUAACAAUGUCAAAUAUAUGGAUAUCAUCCUUUCAGUUCCUCAACUCUCAGCUAUACUUACGUUUGUUGGAUGUACAAUGUUAAUGAUGAUGGCAUUGUUAAUAUUUUUUGGAGGCAAAAGCAGAGAAGCAGAUAUUGAAAGACAUUUUAAGCCUCAUCACUUGGCUCGAAUUCUUUUAGAUGAUGAAGAAUUUUCACAUCGAUUGCUCAAGUGUGAUUUGCUUAAUGUUGGGAAUAAGUAUCUCAAUAGCUCUGAAUUGCUUGAUCAAUUUGAGAUUAGCGGACUUGCAUUACGACAUCGAAAACGUCCGUCAGAUGUACUUAUUGUCCCAAAUGCCCAGCAAUCUACAACUUUAUCAGCUGCAUCAACUCAGGCAGCUCAUGUUGUGUAA